AUUGGUUCCAAAGUUCAAGGAUUUUCAAGAGCACAUAUCUUGGAAGAGAGGGAAAAGCACAUGAACCCCUGUGUUCAAAAGUGUGGACUGAUUGGAUAACAUUUGUACAUCACUGAAAAGAAAUGAAAACUGAGUGUUGACAGGGCCUGGCAUAUUAAGUAGCAUUUCUGAGAAGGUCAAAAUCAGAAAAGGAAGAAAGUGGAAGGAACAUGGCAGAGAGAAGAAACAGCGCAAGUCCCAGCACCCAUUCAAAGGGAGGAGCUGUGGUGUUUGCCAAACAAGUCCAAAGGAAAUUCAGCAGAGCACAGGAAAAGGUUUUACAGAAGUUUGGUAAAUCUGAGGAAACAAGAGAUGAGCAGUUUGAGAUAUAUGUACAAAACCUCCAAGACCAGCAGAGUGAUGGACACAGAAUAUACAAGGACCUUAAGGCAUAUCUAAAUGCUAUCAAAGUGAUGCGAGAUGCUUCUAGUCGUCUCUUUCAGUCUCUUUUUGAUGCCUAUGAGCUUGACUGGGAAGGUGGAGAGGAUCUUGGCGCUGUAGUGGAGGGAGAAGACCUGUUAUGGAAUGAUUGUGAGACAAAGCUACGUGAUCAGGCUUUGCUUACCAUGGAAUCUUACAUGAGCCAGUUCCCAGAUAUACGAGAAAGAGUGGCCAAACGAGGUAGAAAACUUGUGGACUAUGAUUCCUCUCGCCAUCACCUGGAGUCACUAGAGAAUGCCAAAAAGAGAGACGAUAUCAAAAUAGGCAAGGCAAAGGAGGAGAUGAAAACAGCCCAGAAGAUCUUUGAGGAAAUGAACCGUGAGCUAAAAGAGGAGCUGCCUGUUCUCCAUGAUAGUCGCAUUGGAUGCUAUGUAACAGUCUUCCAAGCUGUUUCCAACUUGAGGGAUAUCUUCUAUAGGGAAAUGGCCCAGAAUAAUCAGAAUUUACAGAAUAUUAUGAAGGACCUCAAGGCUCAACAUCCUGACAAGAACUUUGUGAUUAAGAACUUCAGCCGGUGUGCACCUUCAUCUUCUAGCAUUGGUUUUAAUUUACUUGGGUCACUUAAGAGGAGGUCACUGAAAGAUGCAUUGUCUCCAAGAUCACUGAGGGCCAGCUUCUCUGACUUCCACAUGAGUUACAGCCCCAGAGGUACUCUCAGGAGAGAGUACAAUUCAAGUUUCAGGUCAGAUAGGGGCUCAUUUGAGCCUUAUAGCACUGAGACCAGUCCCACCAAACCAAAGCCCAUUGUGGGCAGAAAACAUGGGUCCAGAAACACCGACACAAGCUCCAUGAGUGAGGACAACUCUGCUGUAGAGGCAAGCUCUUCCACUGCACCAGUAACAGAUGACACUGGAAGUGCACACAGUGCCACAAGGAAAGAAGUAAAGCCAGACAAUGAAGGAGAGGAGAUGAAAGAGGAGGAGCCACUACCAAUCACAGACCAGGGUGGAGAGAGGGCAAGUCCAAAUCUGAAAGAUGACUCUCUAGAGGAUGAUGAUGAGAAUGUGCUGGAACCAAGUGUAAGUCACUCUGAAAGGGCUGAUCCCAAUGCUUCUUCUACACUUGAAACUCCUGAAAACGGCACUACCCACUCUGAGGUGCUAAAUGAACCCGACUCUGGUGGAAUGGAGAACGGAAAAGCCUCUGACCAUAAACUAGAUCUAGAAGCAUCUAGAGCUUCCUGCAAGGAAACCGCGAGGACGGAUCAUAAGUUAGGUGAAGUGAAGGAGGAAACAGUCUAAAAAGAAAAGACUCAUAAAAGGGAUGAACAACAAAAUACACAUCAGCUGACUGCCUGGAUAUUUGUGCCCAAACACCAAACUUGCCAGCCAAAGCUUUUUUUACUUCUGUUAUUAUUACAGAUGUGACAAAAUACAAUGUUUCAGCUUUUUGAUCAAGCUUAAAUAUAAUUUAUCAAAUUAACAGUUUAGUUCUUGAUAAAUCCAGUUGAACCUUUGACUAAUUAAAAGUAUUAUAUAUUAUAUUAUUGUCCACCUAUUUUAAUGUCAUGUGAUUUCACCUCUCACCUCUAGAGGCAACGGACAUUUUGA